CAAAUAGUUCCGGCAGACGGGGACAAAGAAUCACCCGGAGGACUAGAUAGAACCAGCUGAUUCACCUCCCAGCGACACGUUCUGAAAAUGUUGCGCAACGCUGCCACGCGUCAGCGGCAUCUCUCACACACUCAGCAUUUCAGUUGGCGUUUUCCCGGAAAAGCCGGCCAGCUAGACAGAGUCUCGUUUGCCAUGCUGCAAGGAUCAUCUGCAUUCUGCACAUUACCAUCUUCAGCCCACCCAGUGUUUCCCCUUUCUGUUCAAAGGGGUAUAUACGCUCGACCUUCAACAACGUUAAUUUGGUCGGAGGACAAUGCUCGCCUUCCUGGAUUUGGUCCAGAGCCUUGGAACUAGCAGCAGCCACGAGCAUGUGGUGCCCAUCACCGUCUUCGUUGCCGUCCUCUGCUUCUGUUUGGUGGUCGGCCAUUUGCUUGAAGAAAAUCGAUGGGUCAACGAGUCCAUUACCGCCAUCUUCAUCGGGUGUGUGGCGGGGACAGUGAUUUUGUUGAUUAGCAAGGGGAAAAAUUCUCACAUACUGAGAUUUAGUGAAGAACUGUUCUUCAUAUAUCUUCUUCCACCAAUAAUAUUCAAUGCGGGAUUCCAGGUCAAGAAGAAACAAUUCUUCCAGAAUUUCCUAACUAUAAUGCUGUUUGGAGUUGUUGGGGUUUUCAUAUCAACUUGCAUCAUUACUGCAGGCAGCCGGUUUCUGUUUCCAAAGCUCAGUAUUAGUGAUCUGACUGUUCGAGACUACCUUGCUAUUGGUACCAUAUUUUCGUCAACAGACACAGUUUGUACAUUGCAGGUAUUGCAUCAAGAAGAGACGCCCCUGCUGUACAGCCUUGUGUUUGGGGAGGGAGUAGUCAAUGAUGCCACAUCAGUUGUCCUCUUCAAUGCAGUGCAGAAGAUUGAUGGAAGUACACUUGGAGGGCGGGCUUUGGCCAGAGUCCUUCUCGACUUUUUGUACCUUUUCUCCACAAGCACUGCACUUGGUGUUGGUGUUGGACUGUUGACGUCAUACAUUCUGAAGGUUUUUUACUUUGGGAGACAUUCCACCGUUCGCGAAAUAGCUCUCAUGGUUUUAAUGGCAUAUCUAUCCUACAUGUUGGCUGAGCUGUUCAGCCUCAGCGGGAUUUUGACUGUGUUCUUUUGUGGAGUUCUUAUGUCUCACUAUACAUGGCACAAUGUUACUGAAGGUUCGAGAAUUACCACCAGGCAUGUAUUUGCGACUCUGUCUUUCAUUGCAGAAACAUUCAUUUUUUUGUAUGUUGGAAUGGAUGCUCUGGACAUUGAAAAGUGGAAAAUCAGCAAAUUGAGUGUUUGGAAGACAAUGGGUGUAUCCGGCGCUGUCCUCCUACUGAUACUAGUAGCGCGUGCAGCUUUUGUAUUCCCCCUCUCAGCUCUUUCCAACUGCAUGAACCGGAACAGAACAAGGUCAUCAUCAAUAACAAUGAAGCAUCAGGUAGUAAUUUGUUGGGCCGGGCUGAUGAGGGGAGCUGUAUCUAUCGCCUUGGCAUUCAAGCAGUUUACUCACUCCGGCAUCACACUUGAUCCCACCAAUGCAACUAUGGUCACAACAACCAUCAUCGUAGUGCUAUUCAGCACAAUAGUAUUUGGUUUUUUGACAAAACCGCUUGUACAUUAUCUGCUCCCUCAUCAUGAUAGCAGCGGCAUUGACCGAGAACCAAGCAUCUCAAAGGAAGAUAUGAGGCUUCCAUUACUUUCAUUUGAAGAAUCAGCAACAACCAACAUUCUCCGUGCAAAGGAUAGUUUGUCUAUGCUCAUCGAGAGACCGAUCUACACUAUCCAUUCGUAUUGGAGGAAAUUCGAUGAUGCUUACAUGAGGCCGACAUUUGGCGGCCCACACACCAUGGAUCCCCAAGAUAGAUGAUAACAUUUUGGAAUCAUGGAUCACAUUUACAGUGACAAUAUUGUACGGAGUAUGUUAACUAUGUGUGACCUAUGUUUUGCUAAUCAUUUCACUUACAGUUACCAUCGAUUAUUUGCAACUUAUUUGAACUUAAAUUGUUGAUAGUUUCAAACACCAGGUCUCUUAUGUACAUUUCACAUCUAUGGGUAAGGGGCGGGACUAGGAACUGGCUAGUUGGGAACCCAAUCAAAAGCGGUAUAGAUUCAGCGGAAAUUAGCCUUCCCAUGAACCAUUUUUUUUUAUAACUCAUACUCUUUAUUCCAUUGUAGACAUAAAUUGAAUCACAUUGCAGAAUGUAACUGGUAAAUUUAUUUAUUUACAAUUUAUCUGUAAAUAUAUUGUUGAAUCUUCUUCA